GUCCCGCGGUACAGAAUCUCCUGCGCUCGGUGGUCUGCGGUGGUGGCAAGUGAAAGCUAAUUGAGGUAGAAGCAGUGCCAAAGACAGCUGAAACGGGAAGACGUAACGAAGCGUAGAAAGUGUUUUCCAUCCAGUGAGGGUGCGACAGACUGUGUGGUGGGCCCGUAAAGAGGAACGGAUUCGGAACGGAAUUGUUUCAGCACCGUGUUCAGUGUGCGUGGUUCUUAGUGUUUGUUGAAGACAGCUCAAUUCCUAGUCAACGUCGAGCAAGAUGAAAUACUCGCUACUGGUGGUCCCCCUGGCGGGCAUCAUGACGCUAGCGACGGCUCAGUACGGACCGGCGCCACCGAGGCUCAACAUACCGGGGGCGAUCGCGCUUCCGCCGAUCCGCGAGGAGCGCCUGCUGCCGCAGCAGCCACCGCAAGUAAUACGCGUCCGGCGUCCGGGAGCGGUGCGCCUCGUGCCACAGAAUGCCAUCCACCAACAGUCCACUCCUCCCAAAUUCCUCGACAUUCCGGCCACGGUCGAGCACAAGCCGGUGACCGAGGAGCCGGAGGACGACUUUCGGCCAGCUUUCAUCCCGCAGCUACAACUCCACCACCCCUCUCCGCCGGUGCCCGUGCUAGCGUCCCCGGCACCACCACCGGCCGCCAGCCCGGUGACCCAGCAACAUCCGCUUCCGGACGAGCAGCACGAUCGCGAGCGCGAACUACAGCACCAUGUUCUCUCUCGCUUCAAUGCACAGGAAAACCGACCGGCACCGAUACCGCGGGCCCAGAUCCCGGAGCGGUUCUUCGCCACCGACAAGGAACCGACCGGUCCGAGUGGAGCACAACGCUUCGGCCUCGAGCGUCCCCAGCCGCAACCCGCCCCGAAACAGUACCGACCGGCGCCGCAGCCGAUUCAAGCUCGUCCGGCGCCCCAGCAGCAGCAGGUCCGCGGCCACUACCAGGACGAAGAGCCUCGCCGACCCGUGUCCCAGCAUCAGCCGGGCCGUAGCCACUCGCAGCAGGAAGAGAACCGCAAGCGCAAACCGGUCGCCCAAAUUUUGCGCAAGUGGCGCGAGGAGCACGAGGACGGAUCGAUCACGUGGGGCUUCGAAAACGACGAUGGAUCGUUCAAGGAGGAAACCAUCGGCAUCGAUUGCGUGACCCGUGGACGUUACGGAUACGUCGACCCGGAUGGUGAGAAGCGCGAGUACAACUACGAGACCGGCAUCCUGUGCGACCCGAAUCAGCGUGACGAGGACGACGAGGACAACCUGGAGGUGGACUACCAGGAAAACAAGGCCGUCCUACCGAACGGUGUGCGGCUCGAUCUGAACAACAUGGGCAAGAAGCAAUCGAAACGACCGACCGGCCAGCAGCAGUUCUACCGCAACUGAGGCGACCACAAAGCCCAUGGGUUGAGAGAAAGAAGAAAUAGUAUUUAUUAUAAGCAUGCGUCUUCCGCCUUUGCGCGGAGGGGCCAGCAGUUUUGGUGGCCUGGUCGAAGACAGUGUUGACGCCGCACACAAACACACACGACGGUUCGCGCUCUCUCGGUGAACCCGCCGUUUUCUGAGUCUUAACUAAUGGGCCAUGCACUCCACAUCAAAUGCUGC